UUUGCCCAAAACCACACCCCGCGGCCCAUCUCCGAUCAGAUCUGUUUCUCUUUUUAGCUCUAGAUCUGCCCACCAACGAGGCAAAAAAAAAAAAAAAAAAAAAAAAAAAAACCCUCGAUUCGUUUCUAUGUAAAGUAUUAUGCAGAAUUCUUGUUUCGAAAUGCUCAAUCAUGGGCAUUAAAUCGCUGAGAUUGAGAAGAUUUGCGCAUUGAUUUUGCUGAAAUGGGAUCGGCUGAAUCCGUUCAAGUAGCGGAGGAACGAGAGGAAGAUGAGGAUGAGGAGGAGGAGGAGGAGGAGGAAGAGGAGGAAGACGACGACGGCGAUGAUGGUGAUGAUAAUGUCGAGCCGGUGAGGGCUGAAUUGGAGAACUAUUUGGUGAAGAAGGUUCUCGAGCAGGAGCCGGAGAUGCUACCAUGUCACGCAUUGGCGUCGCCGUUGUCUCCUCAGCUGUCAUCCCUCGGUACGCCUCGGUUAGGGCCAGCGAUCAAGGUUUGGGAUCCGUAUAAUGUCUUGGCGCCGCCGCCGCAGCUUCCUCCACCGCCGAUGUUUACGCGGAGCUUCUCGUCGAGUUCUAUUGACGACGAUCGGGUGGUUAUGGAGAUUUUUUUGAUCAGCCACGGGGAGUGUGAGUUGAAUUUGAGAUCGGACUUGGUUGGCGGGCGGUGCCCUGAGGCGGCUUUGACGCCGAAAGGCAAGCGGCAGGCGAGAGCGUUGGCGGUGUUCUUGAAAUCUCAGGGGGUUCGUUUCAAUGCCGUGUUUUCGUCUCCCUUGGAUCGGGCUCGAUCCAUGGCAGUUUCGGUUUGCCAGGAAAUAAAUUUUACGGAGGAACAAAUACAAACUUCAGAUGCCCUUACAGAGAUGAGUCAGGGACACUGGGAGCGUUGCCUCCGGUCCGAGAUAUAUACACCUGAAACAUUGAGCUUCAUCGAUAGAAUGCAGCCCGACUUCUCUCCACCAGCUGGAGAAUCGCUAAGGCAGGUUGAAUUCCGUAUGGUUCAUUUUCUGAACGGAACCAUCUUGGAACUUCCUGAAAAGCUGAGGUCAGACGUCGUAUCCCACCAUCCAAACGAGACACUUCAAAUCUCGCACGAACUAACCAACUCAAUCCACGAUCGAGAUAGCCAGUCUCUCCCAUCCUCGCAAUGGGAUUUGCCUCAAAGACAACGACACGGGAUCACGAGGAAAAAGUCUGGCAAAAGCAGGCUGCAAACUGUGACCACCACCGGAGAACAUGAAGCUGACGACGAGCUCUCCCCUCGCGAUGCAACUCACCAAAGUACACUUAAUGAUCUACGUAUCAGAAACUCUUCCUCGUGUACGACUUGUAUCGCCGUCUUCACACAUUCAAUUCCUAUUAAAUGUCUUCUCACAGGCCUCCUAGAAUGCAGCUUGGUAAUGCUGCAUAAGUUUUGCAUUGAAGAUUCAUCUGUGACUGUUCUACAGCAUUCACUGAAAUCGGGCUGGCAGAUUAAAACGCUGAACGAUACCGCACACCUCAGGCUUCUCUAGAGCAAGAAAUUCCAUUCCCCUACGGGUCAAGUCGAACACCGAACACCGUAGGAGGAGGAUCUGUUGUUACAUAAUGGCCAAAUCUGCCAUUUAUAUAAUUUUUGGAUUGAACAUUUAUUUUCCCAUCCUUUUCCUCAUGUUUUUUUUUGGCACUAGCAGGCAAUAUUCCUGCAUUCCUGUUGUAAACUUCUAGUAUUUAUGAUAGAUUCCACCCCCAACCUCACACAGAAUUAUGAUAGAUUCUUUUGAUAUGUACCAUUUUUAUCAUUGAUCUUCAGG